UUCACUUCGUCAAGGUGAACAAGACAAAGUUGGCUGCCAAGUUAUUUGGACCMAAAAAAACUUUUUUCUCRUCAAUAUCGMACAUUCAUCGACAGGAAAAGAAUCAGGAUCAUUUCAGUUAUGAGUCAUGUGGCCCCAGGGAAUCAACAGAGUCUAGACCAGCGUUUUGCUGGACUAGACUUGAACUCCGGUGUCGGAAACAACCCCGACGCUGGACACAACCAAAGACAACAACGAUAUGUGCCUCCUCAUUUAAGGAGGAAUCCUCAGGAACUUUUUCACAACGAUCCAAGGAACCCGGUUAAUUUUCCUUCAGGAGGUGCCCCUCAACAAUUCCAAGGUGGUGGAAGAGAUGGCGCAUUCAGAGGUAUGAACUAUGGUGGAAAGUACAAUAAUUUUGGAGGUGGUGGUGGUUAUGGUGGUGGUGGUGGUGGUUAUGGAGGUAGGGGAGGGUAUGGUGGUGCUGGAUAUCGUCGUGGUGGAGGUGGAGGUAACUGGAGAGAGCGAGGAGGGAACAACUAUUGGGGCAAUAACUCUGGAUAUGACGAUAGAGAUUCAUAUGCAAAGACUGCUCGUCCAGAAGACUGGUCUAAGUUACUGCCAAAGAAUGAUCGUAUAGAGAGGGAACUUUUUGGUGGACACAACACAGGUAUCAACUUUGAAAAGUAUGAUGACAUCCCUGUAGAAGCCACUGGACAGGAUUGCCCACAAAACAUUGAAUCAUUUACUGAUGUUGAUCUGGGAGAGAUUCUAACACACAACAUCCAGCUUGCUAACUACAGCAAACCAACACCAGUUCAAAAGUAUGCCAUACCAAUUGUCAAACACAAGAGAGAUUUGAUGGCUUGUGCACAAACAGGAUCUGGUAARACAGCAGCAUUUUUGAUUCCUAUUCUGAGUAGGAUAUACCAGGAAGGACCACCUCCAGCACCUGAUGCAAAGCAUACAUCAAGACGCCGUCAGUACCCAGUAUGUCUGGUCUUAGCACCAACUAGAGAGCUAGCUGUCCAGAUAUUUGAUGAAGCUAGAAAGUUUGCAUACUGCUCUCUGGUAAGACCUUGUGUAGUUUAUGGUGGUGCUGACAUUGGUAGCCAGUUAAGGGAACUAGAUAGAGGAUGUCAUCUCCUUGUAGCUACACCUGGACGUUUGGUUGAYAUGAUGGAUAGAGGUCGCAUUGGUCUUGAUGUCAUUAAAUUCCUUGUACUUGAUGAGGCUGAUCGUAUGUUAGACAUGGGUUUUGAGCCUCAGAUUCGACGCAUUGUUGAUCAGGAUACCAUGCCAAAGGCAGGUGACAGGCAAACUUUGAUGUUCAGUGCCACUUUUCCYAAGGAAAUCCAAAUACUUGCCAGGGAUUUCCUGGACAACUACAUUUUCUUGGCUGUUGGACGUGUUGGCUCUACCAGUGAAAACAUCACACAAAAGAUUGUAUGGGUAGAUGAGUAUGACAAACGCUCUUUCCUUCUGGAUCUCCUGAAUGCUUCAGGUCCUGAUGCUCUAACCCUAGUGUUUGUUGAAACCAAGAAAGGUGCCGAUUCUCUUGAAUUGUUUCUUUACAAAGAUGGUUACCAGUGUACGUCAAUCCAUGGUGACCGUUCACAAUCAGAGAGAGAGGAAGCUUURAGGUCAUUCCGUAGCGGCAAGACACCAAUUUUGGUUGCAACAGCUGUUGCAGCACGUGGUCUUGACAUUAACAAUGUCCGUCAUGUCAUUAAUUUUGACCUUCCUUCUGAUAUUGAAGAAUAUGUGCAUCGUAUUGGACGUACUGGAAGGGUGGGCCAUACUGGACUAGCCACAUCRUUCUUCAAUGAAAAGAACAAGAAUGUUGCCAAAGAUCUACUGUCUUUAGUGACUGAAACUGGUCAAGAAGUCCCAUCAUGGCUAGAAUCCAUUGCCUAUGAGUCCAAUCAAAACUCCAAAAGAGGUCCUCGAAGGUAUGGAGGCUUUGGAGGUAGUCGAGAUUACCGUCAGCAGAGAGGCAACAGUGCACAGAUGAACCAGAUGCAUGGCUAUGGUGGUUACGGAGGAGGAGGAGGUGGUUAUAUGCAUUAUGGAGGCUACAGUGGUGGUGGCGGCGGCGGCGGCAGCGGCGGUCGUUAUCAUGGUGGUGGUGGUGGUGGUGGGGGCCAAGAUUGGUGGAAUUAAUCCACAUCUUGGUACAACACUAGUAAUUGUGUUACUGUAGUUUGCUUGUUUGGCCAAGUCUGACAUCAAAUACUGUAAGUGAUCCUGUCAAGGUCUGCAGAGUAAUUAGCACAUGGAGCCCUUUGUGAUGGGCUGUUCUAGAGUCUUUUUUCUAUUGUUUUGUUAUUGGCUGUUUUCAUUGAUCAUGUCUUUCUAGGCACUGCCUUMUUUGUAAUGACCACUAGUUGCUGGUCAACUUUAGUGAUCAAUGACAAUAUAUAUUUGUAAAUCUUCUGCAGGGCAAUUCAUAUUAUUAUUACUAYGGUUCAUGUUCUACAUUAUUGAUAAAUUUAAAUUUGAAAAGAUGAAAUUCCAUACUUGGAUUUGGUAUAUAUGAAAACAAUAAAUCAAUAAGUUAUCAUAUUGUGCAAUUUUAACAUAUGACRGGGUAGUAUUUGAAAACAUUAGACAUUUCCGACUUUCACAUGCAAGUCAUUUCUACAUUUUCRAUGAAAUGCCUGGUGUUUUUAUGACUACUGUAGUGCUGCCAUUUUAGCCUUUACAAAUAGCUAAGAUUGUUGUGUUUUUUGUAUUAAUCAAAAAGGUAUCAAAAUUGUUUAGAUUGAAGCCAAAGAUUUAUUGAGAGAAAAUAACCACAUCUGUGAUUGAUUAGAUUGUUUACAUCAAUGAUAUCUUUUCAUAUCAGAAAGUUGAACAAUUCUUUCCAUUACUGCAAGCUUUGAAUAGCAAAUUCAUAUCAUAUAAUAAUAUAGGAAAACUAUUUUAUUUUAGAUAAUAUCUAUGGCAAUAUAUAAAGACUAGGCCUUUGUGCAGCCUAUUAGGGUUAUCAAUGGACAUAAUUGUAAAUAUUCACAAAGCCAAGGGUUAGAAGUACUAUAAUAUACUGAAGAAAUACAUUUUCUUCAAUGCAAUUUUUAGGGAUUUCUACAUAUUACAUAAUCAACUGUCCAGGCUGGUUAUGAUGGAGAUCUAAGUUCUCCUUUAGCAUUCAUAGAAAUUGAGGAGAAUUUAAAUUAUAAUCAGACAUGCAUUCUUGUACAGGAUUCAAAUUACAAAUAGAAGAAAUCAGAGUUUUUAUAAGUUUACUAACUAAUUGCGUUUUGCAUUGCACCACAUGAGUGGUUAUUUUAUUUUAUAUUUUUGAUAGAAUAGUUGACAAUAUUUGUAAACAACAAAUCUAUACAGAAAUCCUGUUUCCCAUUGAAWGAAAUUCAGCUCAUUAUUAUUAAGACUACAAAUGCCUGCUCCAUGUUACACUACCAAUUGUGUCCUGGUUGUUUAUUAAUGGGAUAUUGUGUAUGAAUCAAACAUUUUGACAACAAAUUGUCAAGGAAAUGAGGCCAUAGCAACAUUCCAAAGAAAACAGUAACAAGCUUGAAUCAAACAACAGGAAAACAAUUGAUAUUUCCAUGAAAGUUGUUGUUCUAUGGAGUUGUGUUUGUAAAAUCAACGUAGAUAUGUACAGGAGAAUCCUAUGUCAGGCAAUCAUUCAAAUUGUAUAUUAUAUCAAAUAAGAAAACUUUUCAUCCUUGGCCAUUUUGAGACUUCAAACUUGUCAAAACUCAAAGAUCUUUCUAGAUGGUAACUUAUAUCUCAUAAAUAUAAAUUAUAUUCAAGAUAAUUAAGUUCUUUAUACAAUAGUAUUUGUUCUUUAUUUGACUUGUCCAGCUAACCCUUUAAAUUACAUUUGUACAAAGGUCUUAUGCAUAUUUAGAACUUAUUUAUUGGUCUUAAAAUUAUAGGAUUAAUAAGAUUAUUUUUUGUUAUUUUUGCAACCUAAGAUGGCUAUAACACUAUAUUCUAUUUCAAAGUGUUGCUCACUCGUGAACUAAUUUCCCAGUUUUUAUCCCAAAGUUAAACGAAUCUUUUAUUAAAUUUGUAAUAAUUUUUCACAAUAUUGACCAUGUUCAGCUAUUUCAGAAAGCGUUGAGUAAUACAAAACAUAGUGUAUUCCAAAACCGAAUCGUUUCAACACUCGAAGUAAUGAAUUCAAAAUGUUGUUUUUACUUUAUUUCCAUGGAAUCCCAUGGCAACAAUGCAUGUCGGUUUUAGAAUACUCUAUUCAAUAUCACAACAUUYAGUACUCAACAUUUUUAAAAUUGCUGCAUAGGAAAAACGAUUCAGUUUUACUCAGUGACAACAUUUUUGAAACUGUUGUAAUUACUACCAGAUCACAUACUCAAAAGUUUUAAAUCAAAGAUUUUCAGUUAAUUGAGCAAAAGUUAAAAAUGUUCAACACUAUAAAGAAGCGAAAACGAGAUUCAUAUCUGUCAAAUUGGCCUCAAUAGCAGGCUGUUAGGUUUCAUUAGCCAAUAUGGCAGACAUUGCCAGUUGUAGAGAGAGUAGACAAAGAUAUUUCCUAUGAGUUUGAUGUGUAAAACUUUGCCAGUUUGACCUCGCUAACGCUAAUGCUUUGACUAAACAAUAUUUGAUUAUAUUUGAGAAUCACUKUAUGAGCCAURAARGGUGUACAACGUUUUAAMAACUCAUUAACGUUGGCGAAUAUCACUGGCUACAAAAAGUGUUUUCCUUCUCCAUUGGACUUCAUAUUAUAAUUAAAGUUUGGCGUAAGAGUGUUAAGAUUAAAGCAGUAUUUUAGAGGCAAAAUAGUGCUACGCUAUGUAGAGAUAUCGUUUACAACAAUUCUUAGGUAGCUAUUUCCAUUUGAUGUCAGAAGCCAAUAAAAUGUUCAUUAUUACGUUGA